AUGGAAAGAAAAAGUAACCAAAAUGAUUCUUCUUCCUCAUUUGUUUCUGAGCUCUUUGGCACCAAAGAAACACACUCAUUUUCUUCUCAAUUUCCUAAUGGAGUGAGGGAUAAAACUAUCAAGGAGAGAUGGGACUCUAUACUUGGAACACCUGAUGUUAUUUUCAAGGCCUGUGGUGGUGGAUCUCAGAAAAUACAAAGUGCAGAUAAGAGCUCCAUCUACCAAGAUCAAAGAAUUGAACCAUGUAAUCUCAGCUCAUCAAUAUUUUAUGGUGGCCAAGAUAUUAUUCAUCAUGCUCAAAUUGAAGGGAAAAACUUAUUUCCCAAAAAUGUCGGAGAAGAUGAUUUGGGAAUUGCUUCAAGAGGAGAUUGGUGGAAAGGGAGUCUCUAUUAUUAA